GGCAGAACAGAAUCCUUUAUUUUCGUUCAGCUUGCUGCUGAAUUUGAGCCUCUUUUCCUCCUCCUGGGUCAUCUCCUCCGUUACCGACCAUAGCUAGGGUUUCAUUUGGGAAGAAAUCUGCGAUUGAGCUUUCUCCUUCGUUAAGGAAAGGGGUUUUGUUGUUAUUUACUUGCUGUAUGUAUGCCUGUUAUUGUAGCUUCUCCAUGAUCUCGCUCUUCUGAUCUGUGUUGUUAUCUGCUGCUUGAAUUUCCCAGUCCUGUUGUGAGUGAUGGGUUCACAUUAUUUGUUUGUUGAUGGUUUAUAUGAGAAGAAGUGGGGUUGAACGGUGGUGUGGUUGAGAUUGAAUUUUUCGGCCGUGGUUCUUCCAUGGGCGGGCGUAUUUGGGGGUGAAAUUUAUCCUUUUUUAAUACCUGGGAUUAAGCUUGCCAACAUGUCGAUGUGUGAGCGCAAGACGAUCGACCUAGAACAAGGAUGGGAUUUUAUGCAGAAUGGCAUCACAAAGCUGAAGAAUAUUCUUGAAGGGUUGCCCGAGCCUCAGUUUAGUUCCGAGGACUAUAUGAUGUUAUAUACGACUAUCUACAAUAUGUGCACUCAAAAGCCUCCUCAUGAUUAUUCCCAGCAACUGUAUGACAAGUACAGGGAAUCGUUUGAAGAAUACAUUCUAUCAACGGUAUUACCUUCUUUGAGAGAGAAGCAUGAUGAAUUUAUGUUGAGAGAGCUCGUGAGAAGGUGGGCAAACCAUAAGAUUAUGGUUAGGUGGCUUUCUCGCUUCUUUCACUAUUUAGAUCGCUACUUUAUUGCUCGGAGAUCACUUCCACCUCUUAAUGAAGUUGGAUUGAGUUGCUUCCGGGAUUUGGUGUACAAGGAACUAAAUGGUAAAGUGAGGGAUGCUGUUAUCUCUCUUAUUGAUCAAGAACGGGAGGGAGAACAAAUUGAUCGAGCUUUAUUGAAAAAUGUGCUAGAUAUAUUUGUUGAAAUUGGAAUGGGACAAAUGGGUUGCUAUGAGAAUGAUUUUGAAGCUGACAUGCUCAAAGACACCUCUGCAUAUUAUUCUCGAAAGGCUUCCAACUGGAUACUUGAAGAUUCUUGUCCUGAUUAUAUGCUCAAGGCUGAGGAGUGCUUAAGGCGUGAAAAAGAUAGGGUUGCUCAUUACUUGCAUUCUAGUAGCGAGCCGAGAUUACUUGAGAAAGUUCAACAUGAACUAUUAACUGUGUAUGCAACCCAACUCCUUGAAAAAGAGCACUCUGGAUGUCACGCAUUACUUAGAGACGACAAGAUUGAAGACUUAUCACGGAUGUUCCGGCUCUGUUCUAAAAUACCUCGCGGGUUGGAUCCUGUUGCUGGUAUAUUUAAGCAGCAUGUUACUACUGAAGGAAUGGUGUUGGUGAAGCAGGCCGAAGAUGCAGCUAGUAACAAAAAGGCAGAGAAAAGGGAUGUUGUCGGCAUGCAGGAACAGUUUUUUGUUCGGAAGGUGAUUGAGCUGCAUGACAAGUACCUGGCAUAUGUGAAUGGCUGUUUUCAGAAUCAUACACUUUUCCAUAAGGCGCAUAAGGAGGCUUUUGAGGUCUUCUGCAACAAGGGUGUUGCUGGAAGCUCAAGCGCAGAACUGCUUGCAACCUUCUGUGACAAUAUUCUUAAGAAAGGAGGAAGUGAAAAAUUGAGUGAUGAAGCAAUUGAAGAAACUCUUGAAAAGGUGGUCAAGCUGCUCGCCUAUAUUAAUGACAAGGACAUGUUUGCUGAAUUCUAUAGGAAGAAGCUGGCUCGGAGGCUCCUCUUUGACAAGAGUGCCAAUGAUGAACAUGAGAGAAGUAUUUUGACAAAAUUGAAGCAACAAUGUGGCGGACAGUUUACUUCAAAGAUGGAAGGAAUGGUUACAGAUUUGACUCUGGCGAAGGAAAACCAAUCUAGUUUUGAAGAGUAUCUCAACGAAAAUUCGAAUGCAGACCCAGGAAUGGACCUGACAGUCACAGUUCUGACUACUGGAUUCUGGCCAAGUUAUAAAUCUUUUGAUCUCAACCUUCCAGCGGAAAUGGUCAAGUGCGUUGAAGUUUUCAAGGAGUUUUAUCAAACAAAAACGAAGCACAGAAAAUUGACGUGGAUUUACUCCUUGGGCACCUGCAACAUAACUGGAAAAUUUGAUACAAAACCUGUGGAGCUGGUUGUGACAACCUAUCAGGCUGCUGCAUUGCUUCUCUUUAAUUCGUCAGAUAAAUUGAGUUAUUCAGAGAUAUUGACUCAGUUGAACUUGACCGAUGAUGAUGUUAUUAGACUGCUUCACUCCUUAUCAUGUGCCAAGUACAAGAUUCUUAACAAGGAGCCAAGCACCAAAACAAUAUCAUCCACUGAUGUUUUUGAAUUUAAUUCAAAAUUCACCGACAAAAUGAGGAGGAUUAAGAUUCCUCUUCCUCCUGUAGAUGAGAAGAAAAAAGUAAUUGAUGAUGUUGACAAGGACAGAAGAUAUGCUAUUGAUGCAUCAAUUGUGCGUAUUAUGAAGAGUCGAAAAGCUUUGGGUUACCAACAGUUAGUAAUGGAGUGUGUUGAGCAGUUAGGGCGCAUGUUCAUGCCCGAUGUCAAGGCAAUUAAGAAAAGGAUUGAAGAUUUGAUCUCUCGUGACUACUUGGAAAGAGACAAAGAUAAUCUUAAUCUGUUCAAGUACUUGGCUUGAAGCAGCGUUGAUGAAUGUGCAAAUGAAGGGGGUCAGUGGCUGCUGCAAUGGAAACGAGAGGAUGAUGUCUAAACUUGUAAAAAUUGAGCGCCUCUUAGUAAUAGCCCUGAAGAGGGACUACGAGUGUUAAUACAUGUUGCCUCCAUAUCCAGGUAUGGGCUAUUACUAUAGAUGUAUGCUCAACAUUCGAGAAAUUGUAAUUUAUUCCAUAAUUUGAUCCA